GGUUGGGGGGCGGGGGUGGCCCGCGCCUGGGUCUAUCCCAGGUCACCGGCGGGGAAUCCGUCCCGGCGCGCUUCCUCCUUCCUCCUCCUCCCGGCGGCCUGCCGGGCCCCUCCUCCCUGCUCGCGCGCUCCCUCCCUCCUCUUCCCCUCCCUGAGCCGCCGCCUCCUCCUCCUCCUCCUCCUCCUCCUCCCUCUCCCUUUCUCUCUCGAUCUGUCUCUCCCGGCCGGGAAUCCAUUCCGGCCUGGGAGCCGGAGCGGCCUGGCCGCCGUGUGCCCGAACCCUUGGCCGUCCGGAGGUCCUUCCUCCCGUGCGUCUGCCUGCCGGUGCGUCCGCCUGUCCGCUGGCCCAGAACAGAGGCUCAGAGGUAAAGUGACUUGUUCAGCUAUGAGAGAGAGCAUCAGGAUCUGAACCAGAUGAGGACCUGAGGCCCAGAGAGGGGAAGUGACUUGCCCAAGGUCACCCAGCAGGGAGAGGUGGAGCAGGUCCUCUAGUGCAAGACCCUUGACUCCAUACCUGGUGUUUGUGCUGAGACCUCGGGCUACUUCCCAGGUCCUCUGGGAGAGCCCCUGCCUUCCACCAGCAGAACCAUGGGCAGCAACAAGAGCAAGCCCAAGGACGCCAGCCAGCGGCGCCGCAGCCUGGAGCCUGCCGAGAACACCCACGGCGGCGGGGGCGGCGGCGGCGGUGGCGGUGGUGCCUUUCCCACCUCACAGACCCCCAGCAAGCCAGCCUCCGCGGAUGGUCAUCGAGGCCCCAGCACGGCCUUCGCCCCUGCGGCCGCCGAGCCCAAGCUGUUUGGUGGCUUCAACUCCUCGGACACUGUCACCUCCCCGCAGAGGGCGGGGCCCCUGGCUGGCGGGGUGACCACCUUUGUAGCCCUCUAUGACUAUGAGUCACGGACAGAGACUGACCUGUCUUUCAAGAAAGGGGAACGGCUCCAGAUUGUCAACAACACGAGGAAGGUGGAUGUCAGCCAGACCUGGUUCACAUUCAGAUGGCUGCAAAGAGAGGGAGACUGGUGGCUGGCCCACUCACUCAGCACAGGACAGACGGGCUACAUCCCCAGCAACUACGUGGCACCUUCCGACUCCAUCCAAGCUGAGGAGUGGUACUUUGGCAAGAUCACCAGACGCGAGUCAGAAAGGUUACUGCUCAAUGCGGAGAACCCAAGAGGGACCUUCUUAGUGCGAGAAAGCGAAACCACGAAAGGCGCCUACUGCCUCUCUGUGUCCGACUUCGACAACGCCAAGGGCCUCAAUGUGAAGCACUACAAGAUCCGCAAGCUGGACAGCGGCGGCUUCUACAUCACCUCACGCACCCAGUUCAACAGCCUGCAGCAGCUGGUGGCCUACUACUCCAAACACGCAGAUGGCCUGUGCCACCGCCUCACCACUGUGUGCCCCACGUCCAAGCCGCAGACUCAGGGCCUGGCCAAGGAUGCCUGGGAGAUCCCCCGGGAGUCGCUGCGGCUGGAGGUCAAGCUGGGCCAGGGCUGCUUUGGAGAGGUGUGGAUGGGGACCUGGAAUGGCACCACUAGGGUAGCCAUCAAAACCCUGAAGCCUGGCACGAUGUCUCCGGAGGCCUUCCUGCAGGAGGCCCAGGUCAUGAAGAAACUGAGGCAUGAGAAGCUGGUGCAGCUGUACGCGGUGGUGUCGGAGGAGCCCAUCUACAUCGUCACGGAAUACAUGAGCAAGGGGAGUUUGCUGGACUUUCUCAAGGGUGAGACGGGCAAGUACCUGCGACUGCCUCAGCUGGUGGACAUGGCUGCUCAGAUCGCCUCGGGCAUGGCCUACGUGGAGCGGAUGAACUAUGUCCACCGAGACCUCCGUGCUGCCAACAUCCUGGUUGGAGAGAACCUCGCGUGCAAAGUGGCCGACUUCGGGCUGGCUCGGCUCAUCGAAGACAAUGAGUACACAGCUCGGCAAGGUGCCAAAUUCCCCAUCAAGUGGACGGCUCCAGAAGCUGCCCUCUAUGGCCGGUUCACCAUCAAGUCCGACGUGUGGUCCUUUGGGAUCCUGCUGACGGAGCUCACAACCAAGGGACGGGUGCCCUACCCUGGGAUGGUGAACCGCGAGGUGCUGGACCAGGUGGAGCGGGGCUACCGGAUGCCCUGUCCGCCUGAGUGUCCCGAGUCUCUGCAUGACCUCAUGUGCCAGUGCUGGCGGAAGGACCCGGAGGAACGGCCCACCUUCGAGUACCUGCAGGCCUUCCUGGAGGACUACUUCACGUCCACCGAGCCCCAGUACCAGCCCGGAGAGAACCUAUAGGGUACAGGCUACAGGGCCAGACUGCCUUCUCAGCUUGGAUCCUGGGUUGGGUGGCCCCUGACAUGGGGUCUCGCCUCCCUCUGCCUGCCCGCCAUUGAUCCUCUCUGAGGGGCCAAGGACAAGGCCCCUCCGUCUUUUGUGGCAUGGAAGGGCUUGGGGCCCCGGGCAGCCCUGGGGGCGGGGUCUGAGGCUGGCGCAGUGACUGUGUCCGGGCCUCCGCCCAGCCACCCGCCUUCUCCCUGCACGCCCUCCCUGAGCUCUGCGCAUCUCAGCAGGAGGAACUGGGAAGAAGGGCUGGGGCUGAGGGCGCCCUUUUCUUAGCCUCGCCCUAAUCCACACACUGGCUCCUUCCCACUUCCACGCCUCUCCCAGGUCUGUCUGCAGAGCUGGCCCAAGAGCCUUUCCAAAGAGGAGUGAUGGGCCCCUGGCCCUUGGCCUACCUGCCACCCUACUUGCCGUCCAUUUCUGAAAGACCCGUUGGUGGAGGCCACUGGGUCCAGACCCCUGUGCUGUGGCUCCCAGGCUGGGCGGCCCAAGGCCUAGCUGGACGUGAUGAUGGUGGGUGGGGUGGACCCCCCCAACCCUGCCCUCCUUAGACAUGAGGGAUCCUCAGAGAUCAUCAACUCCUUGUCCCUGUAUUACCCCUGGAGAAACUGAGUCCAGAGAGGGGAUGUGACUUGUCCAAGGCUACAGAGCAGUUCACGGUUGAGGCGGGAUUGGAACCCGGUGCUCCCUCUGUCUUCCUCAGGAACCAGCGAGAUUGUCCUUGGAGGCAUCGUGGACAGACUGGGGCAGCCCAGGAGACAAGGGGCCUGAGGAUGGGUUAGAGAGAGCAGAGAGAUUCGUGUUGCCACUGCUUGCUCAGUGGGGCUGUUGUGGGGGUGGGGAGUGGAGGUGGAUAGAGGGCUGAGCUAGAAAUGAAGGGCGAUGGCUCAAAGAUAAGGAGGCAGAUUUCAAUCAGAAUGUGGGUGGUUUUUUACCUUCAGAGCUAGCCAACCAUGAAAGGGAGUGAGCUCACAGGCUCUGGAGGCAAUCAAGCAGAAGUAGAAGAUCCAAGUGGUUGGGAGGCCUUGGCCUCAGGAAGGAACCCCUGGUCCUCCUUCCCCCAAUUCGUCCUGUGUCAUUUCAAUGCCUGGCCCCUGCUCUUCUCCCCAAGUUGGCACCCCUUAACUCGUGCAUAGGAAAGGAGUGCCUGUGCUGGGAUGAGAGAGGACCGGGGUGUCUAUUAAUGUGCACCAGGUCUGGCCCUGUGCCCUUGGGCAGCCCCUGCUUCCUCUCUGGAUUGCAGUGUCUGUCUCCAUAUGUGGCCAUGGCACUGCCACUGCUCUGCAACUGCUCCACUCCUGUCCAGAUCCUGUGGCCUGGCGCCACGUGGUGAGGCCAGCCCGUGGUAUGAAGGGUUGGUGUUUUGGCCCUAGUUCUGCCGUGCAGCCUUGGGAAUAUCUGGUGGCUUCUCCCCGGGCCUCAGUGUGCCCUUCCUAAAAGGGGCAGCUGACAAUUUGUAGGCAUUGUGCCAAGGGCCCUUGUGUGCGUGUACGUGUGUGUGUGUGCGUGUGCGUGUGUGUGUGUGCGUGUGCUCCAUGUGUGUGUCCAUAUUUAACAUGUAAAAAUGCCCCCUGCUCUGUUCCCCAGACAUGUUGUACAUUUCACCCGCAGCCCCCACCACCCCCAUCAUAGCAAUAACACUCCCGCUGCCAGGGGUUCUCGAGCCAGCCAGGCCCUGCCAGUGGGGAAGGAGGCCAAGCGGUGCCUGCCUAUGAAAUUUCAACUUUUUCUUUCAUACAUGUUUAUUACCCGAGUCUUCUCCUGUCCGCCCUGGUCAAAUCUGGGCUCACUUACCCCGGCGUGAUCUCAAAUGCUGUUCCGACUGCCCAGCACCCUUUGUAUAAGGUGUCCUAAUACGGUCCCUUUUUUUAAAAAAACAGUGUUUUGUAGAUUUCAGAUGACUAUGCAGAGGCCUAGGGGACCCCCCGGCUCUGGGCAGGGCCUGGGGGAGUCCCACAUUCCACAGCCCAGGCCUGGGGGGGGAGGGGGGUUUGGAAUUGGUUGUAAAUACUUUGCAUAUUGUCUGAUUAAACACAAACAGACCUCAGAAUUUG